GUGCGUUCCCCCUAUCUCUGACCAAUUGAAUCUGCAAAAAUUAAUAAAUUAAUUCUUCUCCCACCGAGCAACUGUCAUCUUGGGGCACCGAGAGGGACAGUGGUAGUCAUGUCGCUUUUAGCCCAUUGUCUCGCGCGAUUAACGCAGUCACAAACAAAGCACGAGCUGAGAGGAUACAAAGUCACUGACGUUAAUCGCAGUAGAAAAUUCGGUGUCGCCUGUCGGAGCUUGAGGGAAUUGAAGCGAAAAGCCUGCGCAAAGCUGAAUAUAACGGAUGAUCUGGCCGAAAUAAAUUUAUUUUUGCUGGAUGGAUCGUUGGUUGACGAGGAGUAUUUCUAUACGCUGCAGCCCCAGACAACUAUGAUACUCCAGAAACCUGGAGAAAAAGUUCGUUCCGACGCGGAUUUGCUCUAUGAAACCCUGAGGCGAGUAAACAUCGAUUAUCUUACGGUGGGUGAUCAGGCAAGCAAGUUUCUAACUGAGAAUCUCAAGAGAAAGGUUGCAGUUUUGUACAAUCUAUUGAAUGUAGACGACUCGAAAACCGACUGCAGCAGGAGAGAGGAUCAUCCGGAAUGGUUCAUGGGACUGGAAACCAAUGUCACUACUAAGGAAGCAUAUAUGCACCGCAGAUGUCAAGACCGAAUCCGUGGUUAUCUCUACAAAACAAUCGAGCAGAUAAAGGGCUCAGAAGCCUGGUCAACGAAUCGUCAGGCGCGUCUAAAUCUCCAUGGAGUAAUAGAAUACUUCAAACUGCAACUGAAGGAGGAUCACUACUUAGGCUAUUACUUUGACAGAAGCCGUAGUAAAGAGGAGCCCAAUAACAUUGACAAAGUGGAUGGAGAUGAGGACGAGUGUUACGAUCAUUGCCCUUGCAGAUUGGCAUUGCAUAAAAAUCACGAUAAUGACGACGAUAAGAGCGAUGAGGAUGAAAUUGAUGCCAGGAGAUACUCCACUGGUAAAACGUCACCAGCCAAGAAAUUACUUAUAAAUGAGAAGGAGAGCUGUCCUUAUACGGUAUACCCGAGGGGGAGAAGUGAACAAUACGCUUUAUGCGAUUCCAGGGGGGAAUUUAGGUGCGAGGGCGUGUGGAGUGGCAACGGCUGUGGUUACGGUGACAGGCAUAGAAUUAAUCCGUACAGGUCUCGAGAGGAACUCAUUCUAUUUUCUACUUGGAAUUUAGAUCACAAAAUCGAAAGAUCACGAACAUUGGUACCCCAGUUAUUGAAGCACUGCGAAGAGGAAACGAUACCUGAGAACAUAGUAUUUGGUCUCUACGAUAACUUAUUCACGGUGAAAAACAUCAGCCUCGUUCACAUUGUAUGUCAUGACAAAGGUUCACACAAGUGAAUCCAUUAUCUCUUAAGAUGUGUCAAGUAAAAUCAAAACUAGUUUACGGAUGCAGAAAUAGAUAAAACAUGAGCGACGUAGUAACUAUGUAGCUGACGAGAGAUACAUAAUGUUGAAAUUGAACUAGAAAGUAGUAGAAAAACUAAGGAUAUUGAUAAUGAAUUAAUGAUAAUCAGUGCCAGAGGAUUUUUUCUUAAAAAAAUAUGAAUUAAUGAUAAAGCGAAUGGACUGAAUAUUUUCGCACACUUCAGGUUCCUAAAACAAUAAUCUGAGAUGAAUAAUUAAUAUCACGUGGGAGGAAAUUAGUGAUUUGAUGUAUUUUAAUUUUCUCGUAAUUGUUUUAUAAAAUGAAAUAAGAUUAUUAGGGAUUAAUGAACUCGAUAGAAAUAAGAUCGACAUAUUGAGUUCAGUUUGCUCAUUGAAAUGGGAAAAAGGGUAUUAAAUUCAAUUUUCUUCAUUGCCGUUGUAUAUUUAGUAACUUGAAAUUGCCUUCUCAUCUCUCGUAUAAUUGUGAUUUCACCCGAAUUCAUUUUUAAAGUGGAGGAUAAAGAUCAUUAAACAGGGUAAACAUCCUGCACAUUACGCUAAUUUCUACAUUGAUGAACUGAUUCACACAAAUUAUUUGUACAUUUCAUUGAGAGAUAUCAUGGAAAUAAGUAAAUUGUUCAAUUACUAGAUUCACUAGAAUAUCGUUCAAGUAAUGAAGACCAAAAUGGUGUCAGAAGAUCGAGCAGCCCAUUCUCCCCUAUCAAAGUAUAAAAUACGACACUCACCCUAUUUUGAGUUAGUGAAUGUAAAGAGAAUAUCGACUGAAUCGGAAUUUUUCACUCUUCGAAUAUUAAGUUAUUAUGUUUAAAUAUUUGUAGCUAUUAUUGCCUAGAAUAUUUGGCAAAAUAUUUUUCCUCUAUUGCUAUCUCAUCGUCUCUUUUUGUUCACGAUAUAUCUAAAAUAAUCUCCAAAACUUCCAAUUGCUUAUCGCCCUCUAUCUCUCACUGAUAUUUUCUGUACCCACAAUCUUCUUAUCUCAGCCAAUUAUAAUUCCAUCCGCCUCGAAUGGACUCAGCGACAAAAGAAACAUUAAAAAUAUUGAAUAGACCUCUCUGAAUGAUGGCUGAAGAGAUCCUCCAAGAAUUUCUUUUCUUCCCCCAAAUAAUUCACCAGUGAAUUGCUCACAGUGCAAUUGCUCCGAUUCAGAUAUUCUAUAUACACAUAUACACACAUAUACGUGUACCUCAGGCUUUUGUAUCGCAUUAUUGAAGUGUCGCUGACACGUGAAUAGACUCUGUGGGCGUGGAACUUAAUGGUCGAGUUAACUGAUAAACGUACUGGCCAAUUACUAAUCAGCGACGUUUCAUUCCUGUGGGCUCACUUCAAUACCGUAUAUAAAUCUAUAUAUGUAUAUAUAUGUAUACAUAUAUAUAUACAUAUAUGCAUCAAGUGGACGUGUUGCACGUUACUUCCGUCUGUGUGCACACUUCCUCUUUCGCCAUUUUUUUUAUCCUACAGUUUUUUUCCUUAUUGGAAAAUGAGUGGAAAAAAAAUCUUCCAGUGUAAUUCUUAUAAAAAAAUUGAACAAUGUAUAAUGCUGAAGAUAUUUUUUCAAUGUAAUGGGCGGAUUAUAAGUGUCUAUAGAAAUAUAUAUUUCAUGUACUGAAAUGGUUAAUUA